GCACAACUCUCUUAUCCACAAUUCCACAUUAAGUUUUCAAAAACACCUUCACUCUCUCUUCUAUUUCUCCUUUCUAAACGUAAUAAACAAAAAAAGCACUUCCACUUGAGUGAUACUCAUGGCAAACCCAGCGGAACUUUCAGCUCUAAAUCGCAUUAAAUUACAUCUUUUAGGUGAACUCUCUCCACUCCCCAUUUCCCAAAACGAACAACAACCCUGGUUCCAAUUUCACCAAACAAACCCUAGCCCCUCUAAAUCCCAAUCUUCCUCUUCUGACUCUUCAAUCUCUUUGAAUCAUUACUUCACCGACCUCCUCGAAGCUGAAACUCAAGUUCCCCUCUUUGAAUUCGACUCCAAACCCCAAGUGAUCGACCUCCAAACCCCGAAACCUCUAGCAUCAAAUUCGAGUUCUUCACCUCAACAAUCCCAAGAGAAGAAGCCUCAACUCACUCGGAAACCGUCGCUGCAAAUCUCUCUCCCGAACAAAACCGAGUGGAUCCAAUUCGGAAACCCGGAUCCGAACCCGGAGGUGUUCGUGAAACAAAACCAACCCGAGAAGAAGCACUACCGAGGGGUGCGACAGAGGCCGUGGGGAAAAUUCGCCGCCGAGAUCCGCGACCCCAAAAAGCGCGGGUCGAGGGUGUGGCUCGGAACCUUCGACACCGCCAUCGAAGCCGCCAAAGCCUACGACCGAGCCGCGUUCAAGCUUCGCGGCUCCAAAGCCAUCCUUAACUUCCCUCUUGAAGUCGGCGCGGCGGUUGCCGACAACGACGGCGAGAGAAAGCGCCGCCGUGAAGAGGAGGAAGUGAAAGCGCUGGUGAAAAAAGAGAGAACCGUGGAACCGGAAUUGAAUUAUAUUAGCGAGAUGCCUUUAACGCCGUCUAUUUGGACGGGGUUUUGGGACAAUGAUGUCAAGGGGGUUUUCAACGUGCCGCCGUUGUCGCCGUUAUCUCCCCUUCCUUCUUUAGGAUUUUCGCAGCUUAUGGUUGUGUGAAAUUUCUCAUUUCGGCUUGCGUUUACCUUUUGGUUUUUUACUGCUUCCUGUAUAAGGAUGAGUACAGUGUACAUUUUGAUGAUUUUAUUUAUUUAAAAAUCAUUAUUUAUUCAAUAUUGUUUUGCUUGAAUUUCAAGUGUCUACGUGGUUAACUUUGAAUCGUUAAGUUUAAUUUUUGUCCUUUGAAAACCGUUGUUAAUGACUUCAAGUUGAUCAUUGAGACCAUCAU